AUCAUUUCGCGCGCCCAUUUUCGGGUACGCGACUGUUCGUGGAGCUGUUCGGACCCGUCGUCGCGCAUGCGACGGCCGCAGGUGACGCUGGAGCCAAAAGAGUCCGUUCCCGGGGCGGCUCCGCUGCAAACCGGCCGAGCAAAUAGGCGGGGAGCACUCAGGGUCGGAGGAGAGAAAAGUACCGCUGAGCCGCCGGCCCGGAAACGGAGCGCCCGCCCGCACCGAAUGGGUUCGCGCUUAUGCAUAGCCAGGCCUUGAGGCGCAUGCGCACCGUUGUCUGGAGGACUACGUGGAAGAAGGGUCAGCGAGUUUGCUAACAGAGCGACUAGAAAGUACAUCCAGCACUUCCGGCUCCCCGCGCGCAUGCGUCCCGCCGCUUCCGGCGCCGCGCAGACCCGGCUGCGAUUCCACCGAUUGGCCACGCGGGGGCAGCAGAGACCGCGGAAAGCGCCCCCCCGUCCGGAUGGAGCGGACCGCCGCUGUUUUCCUUUGGGUGGCGAAGGGGAGGAAAACACAGAAGGGGAAGAAGGGGGGAACGGGAGACCAUGAGGAAAACCAAGGAACAUUUCGUCCAACCCACCAAACCCGUGCUGAGCGCUUAUGAAUAUCUCUGGACUAAUUAAUACACAAGCAGCUAAUUGACGUUGUCGCUCCGUAUCCCAAUGUGCCCUCGGGGGCAGUCGGUGGCGUUGCUAAUUGACGCGGGGGCGCAGAUUGCGGGUGCUGCGAAGCCGCGGGCGCAGCAAAAAGGGCUGAGAUUCCCGGUGUGAACGGAGCGGGGCCGCUGUCUGCUGAACCGCCGGGCUCCGCUUACGGCUCCCCGGCGAGAAACGCGUCCCAUCCGCCCGCUUUGCGAUUGAAGACCGAUGCGAAAGCCGUGUGCGAUUCGGCGUCCUCGGCGGGCGAAGCCGGCAGCUCCCGUAUGGCAGCGUGCGGCCCUUCGGCCCGAACAUCCGUCCCAAAGCCCAAAGAAAUGGGGGGGCCGCAGCCGCCGUACUCCGUGCAGCCCCCGCGCUCCUGGAAUCGGAGCCCACGGAGGAACCCCAGCGCCCCAUUUCUGCCGCAGCGCAACGUGGGGGUUUCUGAAAUCACGGCGGCUUUGGGAGAAAACGCGGAUCAGCCCCGCAACGCACUGCCCCAAUAACUCGCAGGUUGGAAAGCAGCCGGGAGGUGGUGAUUAACAGCCAAUUAUCGGUGCCUGAACUCCCGCAGCCCCGCCGGGCUCCGCUGUCCCAAACACCGCAGCUCUUCUGCGCCCAUCCACGCGCGGCCGCUUUAGGCGUAAGAGAGCCCUUCUCUGCGGUUCCGUCGAGGAGGAUAAAGGGAAAAAAGUGUGCUUUCACGCGGAGGGGACACACGCGCGUUUAUCGGAGCCCACGCGGUGCAAAUCGUUCCCCUCUAUUCCCCGCUCGGCGUUUGCUGAACUCUCACGGACGGUUUCACCGCCUCAGGACGAGAAAACGCAGCGCUGUGCGGAUGGGAUUCCAACGGGACGGACCGCCCCCGAGAAGCCGCGACUGCGACCGGCGGUUAUGGCCCCCCCCGGCGCCGCCCCACACUUUCCAGGAGAAGUCGUUCCGGAAGAGGUCGCGGUGCUGCGCCGUCUGUCGGGACAGCGUGGGCGCCCAUGGGCUGCUCUGCCGAGUCUGUAAGAUCGUUUCCCAUAAGCGCUGUGAAGCCAAGGUGACAUCCCCGUGCCACCCUCCGCCCCCUCCCGAGCUGCGGAGGAACACCGCCCCAGCGAGGCACGGCGAGAAGCCGGAUGGCAACCUGCAUCUCAGCGCCCUCCGGCAGCACCGCUCCCUGCCCAGGCUGCCCCCCCCGGCCCCCCCCGCGGAGCUGAGCUAUGUGACGGAGCGGAUCAUCGCCGUGCGCUUCCCGGGGGGGGCGGACGAACGGCGCUUCCGCGGCCACCUCCGUGAUGUCGCAGCGCUGCUGCGCGCCCGGCACCGCGACGGGUAUACGCUCUUCAACCUCUCCGAGAAGCGCCACGACCUCAUCCGUCUGCACCCCGCGGUGCAGGAGUUCGGCUGGCCAGACCUGCUGGCCCCCCCCCUGGACACGCUGUGCGCCAUCUGCAAAGCGUUGGAGCGCUGCCUGCGCGCGCUGCCCCCCCGCGUGGCCGUGCUGCACUGCCGGGGCAACAGGGGGAAGGUGGGCGUCGUGGUGGCGGCAUACAUGCACUACAGCCGCGUCUGUGCCAGUGCCGAGCAGGCUUUGGGCACCGCCACCAUGCGGCAGUUCUGCGAAGAGAGAGUGGGGGGCGACGUGCAGCCAUCGCAGCGCAGGUACACGGCGUACUUUGGGGCGCUGCUGUCGGGCACCGCGCGGGUGAACAGCCGCCCCGUGUUCCUGCACCACGUCCUGCUGCCGCCCCUGCCCCUCUUCCAGCCCGACUUCCGGCCGUUCCUGAAGCUGUACCAGGCGCUGCAGUUGGUGCACACCUCGGGCGUUUACUCCCCUGGCCCACAGAGCGUCUGCAUCAGCCUGGAGCCCGCGCUGCUGCUGAAGGGCGACGUCCUGGUGCAGUGCUACCAGCGCUGGGGGCCCGGCCGGCGCUCCGUGUUCCGUGCGCAGUUCCAUACCGGAGAGCUGCAGGGGGAGCGGCUGCGGCUCGGCAAGGAGGAGCUGGACCUGGCGUGCAGGGAUGAGCGCUUCCCCCCCGACGCCGCUGUGGAGUUCGUGUUCUCCUCCAGUCCCGACAAGGUGGAAGGCUGGGCCCCCCCCCGCGGCGCUGUCUGUGUGGAUCUGUGCACGUGGGACCCCGCGGUGCGCCGCGAUUCCUUCCAUGGCUUCAAUGCGCGGCACCAGGACAGCAGCGACGACCUGACGCAGGUGGGGGGGCUGCAGGACGAGAGCCCCCACACCCCCGUGCAGGACAGGGGGGACCCCGGAGGCACCCCGUGGGAAGAGGACCCCCCCGCGACUGAAUCUCCGCCACCGCAGAGCCCCCCCGGGCGCCCCCCCCCUCCCACGGCCACGGAGCGCUGGGAGCUGGAGCAGCUGCUGGGGGGCUGUGGGCUGGGGGGGGGGCAGGAGGAGAGCCCCCCCGGUGCCCCACAAGGAGCCCCCGUGCCCCAUAGCGGCCCUGCGCACCACGGAAGCCCCGCGCCCCAUAGCACCCUGGCACCCCACAGCGACGCGGUGCCACGUAGGGACUCUGAGCCCCAUAGCAUCAUGGCGCCCCAUAGCAGCCCUGUGCCCUAUAGCGCUGUGGCAUCGCAUGGAGGUUCCGUGCCCUAUAGAGAUCCUGCACCUCAUAGCAGCCCCGUGCCCCAUAGCACCACAGCACCCUAUAGCAGCACGGUGCCCCAUAGCGGUCCUGUCCCCUGUAGGGACCCUGUGCUUUGUAACACUGCGGCAUCCUAUGGCACUCUGGCGCCCCAUAGCGACGCAACACCCCACAGAGACCCCGUGCCCCAUAGCUGCCCUGUGCACCAUUGUGCUGCAGCACCCUAUAGCACUGUGCCAUCCCAUAGUGGCCCUGUGCCCCACAGCUGCUUUGUGCCCUAUAGCGCCCUGCCCCCCCAUGGUGACCCUGUGCCCCAUAGUGCUGCCACACCCUGUUGCUCCCUGGUGCCCUAUAGCACCCCAACACCCCACAGUCACUCAGUGCUUCAUAGUGCCACAGCACCCCAUAGCAGCCCCACAGCCUGUAGUGCCUCAACCACACCCCACAGCCCCCCGGUAUCCUACACCCCCCCUACAUCCUACACCCCCCCCACUCCUUACAGCCCAUCCCCACCCUAUAGUACCCCGAUGACCUGCAGCCCCACAGCAUCCUACAGCCCCCCAUCACCCCACAGCCCCCUGAUACCCUAUAGUCCCUCACCCCCUAGCCCCCCAACCUAUAGACCCACAGCAUCCUAUAGCCCUCCCUUGCCCUAUGGUACCCUGACACCCUAUAACAGCACUCUGGCACCCCAUAGCGCCCAGGCAACCUAUAGCACCCAAAGUGCCUAUAGCACUCAUGUGCCCCAUAGCCCCUCGACACCCCAUAGCACCCCAGCACCCUAUAGCAGUCCGUCACCUCAUAGCACGCUGACACCCUACAGCAGCACUGUGACGCCCCACAGCGGCACCUCAGUGCCCCAUAGCACCCAAAGUGCCUACAGUGCCCCAGCGCUCGCCGGCAGCCCAUCGCCCUACAGAAGCGCUGUGACGCCCCGCGGCGCCCACGUGCCCCACAGCGCCCAAACCGCAGCGGCGCCCCAUGGCCACGCCCCCUCAGGCCACGCCCAUCAGCCCCGCCCCACUUUGGCUCCGCCCCCUCAUUGUCUGUGCCCGGGGGGCGGGGCCGAGGAGGGGGGGCGGCGGCGCGCGCAGAGGUCGCUGUCCGAAGGGGCGGGGUCUGUGUUGGCCACGCCCCUCUGCCCCCUCUGCGGGCCACGCCCCUUCCCGGUGGGACCCCUCCCCAAAAGUGGAACCCCUGGGAGCCCCGGAGAGGCCGCGGAGGAGCCCGGUAGCCCCCAGGACCCCUCCACUCAGGACCACCCCCAGGGGGAGUCCUCCCCUCCCCCCUCCUUCCCCUCCCCCUCCUCUUACUGUGCCCCCCCCGCGUUGGGUCCCCCCCGAGAGGAGCAGAGCGCUCCAGGGGGAGGCACCAACCCCCCCCGCCCCCCCCCCGGCCCGGCGGACCCCCCCACGUUCGCCCAGGACACGUCCAGGUUCUGGUACAAACCGGGAAUGUCGCGAGAGCAAGCCGUGGCGCUGCUGAAGGACUGUGAGCCGGGCGCUUUCCUCAUCCGCGACAGCACCUCCUUCCGGGGGGGGUACGGUUUGGCGCUGCGCGUGGCACAGCCCCCCCCCGGCUGCCCCCCCGCAGGGAAAGGGGACCCCCGCGAGCAGCUCGUCCGCCACUUCCUGAUCGAGACGGGACCGCGGGGCGUGAAAAUCCGGGGGGGGGCGGAGGAGCCGCACUUCGGCAGUCUCCCCGCGCUGGUGCUGCAGCACUCCAUUCGGCCCAUGUCGCUGCCCUGCGCGCUGCGCAUCCCCUGCAACGACCCACUGCAGGACGGGGGGGGCGCCGGGACCCCCAACGUCAGCACCGCCGCUGAGCUGCUGCGUCAGGGAGCAGCCUGCACGGUGCGGUACCUCGGCUCGGUGCUCACGGAAGCGCUGACGGGGCCGCGCGCGGUGGCGCUGGCAGCCGACGCCGUGCUCGGAGCGCCGCCCCCCCCGCCGUGCACCGCUCACUUCCACGUGUCCGCGCGCGGCAUCACCCUGACCGACCGCCAGCGCAGGCUCUUCUUCCGCCGCCAUUACCCCGUGGCCAACGUCACGUUCUGCAGCACGGACCCCGAGGACCGCAGGUGGGCGAACGCAGACGGCACCACCUCCACGAUCUUCGGGUUCGUGGCCAAGCAGGCGGGGGGGGCGGGGGGCAACACGUGCCACCUGUUUGCCGAGCUGGACCCCGAGCAGCCGGCGGGCGCCAUCGUCAGCUUCAUCACCAAAGUGAUGCUGCGCGCCCCCCCCCGCUGAACGACCCCCCAGGAACAGAGCCUGAUGGAGGGGCACCCCGUGGGGAAAUACCCCCCCGGUGGCACCCGCGCCUCCUUCUUGCCGAUGAUCUGCCCGUUGCGUGUGAAGAACACCUGGGGGGGGGGGGGGGGGGGGCAGGGGGGGGUCUGAGGGCACCCAGAACCCAAUGCUGUGCCCCAUGGAUGGGGUGGUGUCGGUGCGAUGGGGAUGGAUGUGGUGCCCGCCCCUCCCCCCCCCCCCCCCCCUCGGGAAAAUAAAAGGGGUUAUGCCCCCCCACCUCA